AUGAAGCCUGCCUCUGGUCUGUCCUGCUGCUGUGCACGAGCGUGCCUCUUCUUUUUCUACGUCGUCCUUUUGACAACACAGACUCUUUUUACUACUACUGCUACUACUACAUACCUCAUCUACCUUCUUACCACGACCACGACCACGACCAUCACCAUGGCUCUCCGCAACCCAGACUUCCACCUCCAGAUGCCCGCCAUGAGCCAGACGGACCUCCAGUUCCAGCCACGCAGCCCCAUGCGGAGCCCCCGGUUCCGCGAGGACUUUGACGCCCCCUUCUCCGCGUCCUUCCUCGACCCUCCGCCGCCGCCAAAGACGUCCUACUUCGUCGAGACAAAGGACAAGAUCGAGGCGCCGCCCCAGCGCAGCUACGACGACUCCUGGGUCCAGGUGCCCAAGCGCCGCGAGAGCGUCAACGAAAAGGUCCUCCAGUGGGCCAAGAGAUCCCUGACCAUCAAGCGACAGCGCCCGGCGCGCUUGGGCGAAGGGUUUGCUGUUGAGCGAGCGUCGUCGAGGGCAUCCAAGAGGAUCAGCGGCAUGCCGGUCGAGGCCAUGUUUGGAAAGCGCAGCAACACGCACACUCAGCCUCCGACUAUCAUCACCGUAUCCGAAAUCCCCAAGCUCGUGUAAGAGAAGACCGCGUGAGCCGAGGAGAAAUCACCAUCGGCAACCAAGGAACAUGAACUACGGCGGAAUAAC